CGAUCGAGCAAGUUGCUGCACGGAUUUCCCGGAGCUGCACUUAAGUUAAGAUCAAAUCGGGGGCAGAAACAUGUCAUUUGUUGAGACAAACGCAGACGGACAGGAUUCUUCAUGUGCUUUGGGAGUUUCCCAAUUCCCACCUUACAACAGGCUGAGGCACAAGUGAGAGGGAGUGAGAAUAAUGGGAGGGAUGCAAAAGGAGGUGGGCUAAAUAAGAGAGAACAGAAGCAGGAUAAAAACCGAGUCAGACUCUGGAGCAUGGAGUUAAAGCAGGUGGUCCAGAGUCAGUGCAGAUAUGCUCUGCAAGUGAGCGGAGUGUGUUGAUUGGAUAAAGAGUGUGAGCAGCCGCUAAAAUAGAUGAGAUGCUCCAAUGCAAUUCUGUAGAUGUCAUUUACACUUUUGAGCUUCGCUUCUUUGGCUGAUACAGAAUGCUGAGAAGAGGAUGAAUCCUUCAGGUCAUCUGAGACAUCCACGUGUCUUUGCUGCUGUCCCUCCCCGACAGCCCUCUCGUCCCAGCGGGUUACCAUCUGCCUCUCCACGAUCCCUCGCUCGCCCCUGCCCGGGUGCCUCCCCCCUCCCCUGCCCCCACUAGUGUCCAUCCCAGAGGAGAGGAAAGGCGAGCCAGCCGCUGUAAAUAUGCCUGGAUGGAGGUCUCAGUGGCGUCUCGUCCUGCUGAACUCCCUGACCUGUGGCCUGGAGAUCUGCGUGGCAGCUGGGAUCACAUACGUGCCCCCCCUGCUGCUGGAGGCGGGCGUGGAGGAGCGCUACAUGACCAUGGUGUUGGGUAUUGGUCCAGUGCUCGGCCUGCUGUUCAUCCCUCUCAUUGGCUCAGCCAGUGACCAGUGCAACAGCAGUUAUGGAAGGCGGCGGCCGUUCAUCUGGCUGCUGUCUUUAGGAGUUCUUCUGGCACUUUUCAUCAUUCCCAACGCCGACUUACUGGCUGCACACUUUGCCUGGGGCGGGCGCACCCUCCAGGUGGGCUUCCUUAUCCUCGGGGUGGGGCUUCUUGACUUCUGUGGACAGGUGUGCUUCACACCACUAGAGGCUCUCCUGUCGGACCUUUACAAGGACGAGGAGGACUGCGGGCAGGCCUUUGCCAUGUUCUCCUUCAUGGUCAGCUUGGGAGGCUGUGUGGGAUAUUUGCUCCCCUCACUGGACUGGAGUAGUGGCCUGCUCUCUGUUUACCUAGGAGGCCAGGCCGAGUGCCUCUUCUCCAUCCUCAUCAUCAUCUUCGUCACCAGUGUGCUCAUCACCAUGAAGGUGUCUGAGGAACCCUCGUGUCCCAGCAGCGUCUUGGCGGGACCUGGAUCUCUGCUGGAGGCGGGGCCCGGUACGAUAGAGGGGGCCCGGUGCGGGGUGCCGCGCUCCUGCUGCUACCUGCUGAAGUGCAAGCUGAGGCUCCUGAAGUCCGGCCCCCUGCUGUGCCUGCUGAGGACCUGCUGGACCAUGACCCCCGCCAUCUACAGGAGCUACUGCCACGUCCCGCGGGUGAUGCGGCAGCUGUGUGUGGCUCAGCUCUGCAGCUGGAUGGCCGUCAUGUCUUUUAUGCUUUUCUACACAGACUUUGUGGGGGAAGGCCUCUACGAGGGCGUGCCCAGCGCAUCACCGGGAAGCGUGUCCAAGCAACGAUACGAUGAAGGUAUCCGUAUGGGCAGCCUGGGCCUGUUCCUGCAGUGUGCUACCUCAACCUUCUUCUCCCUGGUCAUGAGUCGCUUGGUUCGACACUUUGGCUCUCGGUGGGUCUACAUGAGCAGCAUGGUGACCUUCACCUUCUCUGCUUUGGUCAUCUGCCUGUCCAAAAGUGUGGUCUUGGUCACUGUAAUGGCUUCCCUCACUGGAUAUGCGUACGCCACACUGCAGACUCUGCCCUACACACUCACCUGCCACUACCACAAGGAGAAAGAGAUCUAUAUGCCAAAAAGGAAAACCAAAAGUGUGCAUAUAAAUGGUAUUCCACCCAAGCGGGACUAUUCGCCUCCUGUGGAAGACGCGCUCCCUUUGUUCAACAAAGACAGUUAUGAGUACUACCCCGGUCCCCUGAAGCAGAACGGCUCGUCUCACAGCCCCGGUGGCACGGAACAGGAGGAGGUCGAGUCGGGGUUUGAGAAACGUGGCGUGGGUUUGGACUUUGCCAUCUUAGACAGCACCUUCCUCCUCUCUCAGGUUUUCCCCACCCUCUUCAUGGGCAUGAUCGUUCAGUUUGCGCAGUCCGUCACUGCCUACAUCGCCUGCUCUGCCAUUUUCGGUGCCAUCGCCAUCUAUUUGGGCAGUCAAAUCAUCUUUGACCAAAAGGACCUUAAAAGCUGAGACUUGGAGGUAAAACGUGGGAGCAAUGGAAUCAUUAUAAUAUAUCAAUCAUUCAGGUUCCAUGGGCGGGAACUCAACAAUGCACUACUGAUUCCAGAACGCCUUGAAAAGUGUUUGCUUUUAUGAAAAUAAAAUGAUUGAUUGCCUACAUUUCCCUUAAUACAGCUAUAUACAGGGCUUCUGACUGUAUAGGGUUAUGUUAUGUUAUGCUAUGUUUCUUUAAAAGUUACGUCUUUUUCAAUUUUUCUGCUGCAAGCCAUUGCAUGCACUACCAAGACUCUGGCACUUUAGCCAGUCCGUCUGAUUUGGUUAAUCUCAUUGAUAAAUACCAUGCUGUGCCAAAAGGGUAUCAAGAAGUGAGUUUGGAGCCCUGCUGAAUAAUCUUUCUUUAUACCUUCCCUACCUAAGUGCCAUCAUCUUUAAACUCCAUGCCAUCACUUUAAUUUGCAGCUUUCCUUUUUAUCUUUUCAAUCUAAUUUAAGAUCAGGGUUUUUCUCUGGGACUUGACAAAGCUCCUCCAGAGCCACUGAGUACGUUAUAAAACACUUUUACAGGCUGCAUAGUAUUCCCCAUUACAUGACUUGUAUGCAUACCUUUUAAAAAUUCAGCUGUAAUCUGAUGUUACCCUCCCCACUAUCUAGUGUCAUCUACUAAAUAAACAGUUUCACUGUAAAUACUUUGUAUACAAACUUACUGUAUAUCCCUAUGGGAAUUUUGUUAUGCAACCUGUUGAGGUGAGGUUAUCGACUGUGGCGUUUUUAGAAUGAAGCUGUUUACUGGAACUGCGUUAAACGUCCUCUGUCUAGAUAAAAAACAAAUAAUCUAGUCUAGCGGGCCGCUCAUCCUGUCCAACUAUGCUUCUGAUCAGGACAGUCGUCUCAGGUUAGUACAUGUUUGUUAGUGUCCCAUCCUGUCUUCAUGCCACUGAAAAUACGCUUUCCCUGCUGCUUAAAUCUUUACGUUUUACUGUUUUCUCAAAUGACAAUCUAGGACAUCCGGAUGGACUUGUUACAUAGUGCUGUAUGUAAACAUGUAGGGGGAUUUCUGAUGGAAGCUCACUUCAUAGCAACCAUUCCUUAAAGACCAAAAAAAAUGAAAAUAACGCAGUAAAUAGAAAUAUUUGGUUACUGAAAAUGAUGCAAGAGAAGGCACUGUAUAUUGAGUCUAAUAUUAGUUGAGGUGUGUGUAUGAGUAUACAUAACAUGGAGGACAGACGGUGUGAAAACAUGAGUAAUAUUUAAGUGUGAGGCUAAUGAAACGGACAGUUUUUUCAGACCAGAUGUAAUAAACUGUUGACUUUAGCCUGGUCUAUAAGAUGCUGUAUGAUACACUAAUGUGUUGUGGCCUUUAGUUGAGCUUUAGGAAUAGGCCUGUCGGUGUUAGACAACAUGCUUGUUUUGAAACCGGUAAGUGAGUUCCUUAGUAUCCAGGUUGUUUGAACCUACACCAGGGGUGAAGAAUUAGUUUCAGCAGAUCCAAAUAGUCCUGAAGGAUCUUGUGGCCUGAGGCGGGCUCAGCAGGAGAGAAGUAAAAGCGGCAGAGGAUUUGUUUGUCAUGUCGACACCACUGCUGAGCAGAACCCUUCAGCAGCUGGGUUAUCCCUUUCAUUGCGAAAUGCACAGGAAAAUAUUUUCGAAAGCAGAAGCUGAAGUGUCAGAAAAAAGGUUGUUUUACAAGUGCCUGUACAUCUUUAAAAAAAAAAUGUUGUACAUAUGUAUUUAUUUAUUAUGCUUUUAAUACAAAAUAGCGCAUAUUAAACUAUUGGCCUCUUUGGCAUCUUUCUGAGGUGCAGGGGCGAAAACAGUUUCUGUGAAAAAGAUAAAUUAUUUGUAUAGAUGUGGUAUAGAAGCAUCAUCAAACUAUAAUUUAUUUUAUCAUUACACAUUUGAUCUUGUUGCUUUGAUUACUUCACCAUCAUAUUGCAGAAAUUGUCAGACAUUUCCCCCUGUGGUUGUUAUUCACAUGAAAACCUGAAUGGCUGAAAACCUUAUUCCUGACACACAACUGAAACGUUGCAUCUUUUUUUUUGGUGCAAAUAAGAAACCAUCAUUUUGAUCCAUACUGCUUUAUCUAGGUCUUUAUAACCACUUCUUUCUUCUUAACUGAGAUCUGUAUUCUUGUUCAACAUAACAAAAACAUUACAUUUAUCUUUAUGGGUGGAGCUGUUUUCUGUCUCUACUCUCAACCAAACUGUUUAAUUUCAUAUAAAGAAAGUGCCAAUGGUCUGACUAUGUUCAGGCCAGAAGUCAUUGUGUUAUGAUGUGAUUGAUCAGGUUUUUUAUAAUACAACUAUUGUCAUACAACUUCAGUCACAUGUGUUCAUAAAUGCAUUCAGCCAUAACAAAAAGUUGUAUUACAUUUUAACGAUAUUUUCAGCAGAUUGUGUAUUACAGUUACCAAAUAGAUUUUAUACAAAAUAAAUGAACUGCAUUGUUGGA